UCAAGCUGAAGGGUUGUUCUUUGCUGAGCAGCGUGGCGAGAGGGGAUACCGGUUGUACGCUCUCAUUCAUUUCCAAAAUUCGCCUAAAACACAGACACAAUAUACGAUGCCGUGUCGAAAAGAAAACUACAUUCUGCUGGAGCAGUCUGUUACCGUCGAUUCCAAAGAGGUGGAUGCUUUGGUUACCAAAAUCGGCGAAGCUUUGCAGCUACAUAACAAUAGCGCAAACCAAAAGACGAUGUCAUGUCUCCACGGUCUCAACAGCAACGGCAGUGGCAACGUCAAACAGACCAACCACAACAACAGUGCGGCCCAGCCACGGCGCACAGGGUGCUGUAUUCGACUUCGCAGUCGAGGAAUACGUAACAGAGCUAGUCCUUAUCCUGGAUCCAGUGAUCAAGAUUGGAACAAUUUCAAAACUUGGAAUCGAAAGCGGACUGAUGUCACCGGGGAUGAUCCUCAUCAAUUACUACAGGAAUUAAUCUUGUCUGGCAAUCUGAUAAAAGAGGCCGUCAGACGACUUCAGUUUUCUACAUCAGAACUUGGUGAAUGUCCAAAAACAGUUGACAAUCAACAGUGUUAGUCGGUGACACGCAAAUGGCAAACGUUUACAGUUGCAAUCAAAUGAAUGGUUGCGAUGAUGAUGAUGAUUUAAAUAACGUAGCUUAUUUUGGAGGUCAACAUUUGUCUAAUGACAUUACAAACAUCACACUUAGCUAGCCUGUUGAAACGUGUCAGCUAGCUAAUGAAUCAGUUGGCUGAGGUGUCCUGUUGAAGCCAGCUCAUUUCUCUUUCCCCUUUUGUAAAAUCUGGGGGUGGUUCCCGAUCCAGAGUUUGAAUUUUUGUAGAAAUACAUGUUUAUAUGCCAGGUGUUUUGUCAUGAAACGUGGGCUUUAUUUUUUCUGAAAACUACCUGGACUCUCUUGUUACUUGUUGUCUUGGCUAUUCCUAGCUAGCUACCUCGGAGAACACAUGUGGGGUCUGGUAGCAGGAAGCAAACCUAACAUCACCUGAACUGAGUAAACGGGAAUACUGCACCAUGAUCUUGUUUACAAAUCACGCUACUGAGUUGCCUGGCAAGAUCCAUGAGGUCUGUGGCAGGUAUUUACCUCGGUGCUGAUACCUUUCCCUUCCUAAUGUGGAUUUCGGCUGUAUUUGAAAAUGCCCUCAUGGAAUGACAGAAAAGGAAGACAACAAGGACUUUUGUGAACUUUAAGGUAUAGAUUCCUUUUAAGACCAAUACAAUUUGGCUGGUGUAUGGUGUGUUUUUUUUUUUUUUUUUUUUAAUGCCAAUUCCGAGAAGUUUGAAAUGAGCAUGGACUAUUAUGGUUUGAACAAGGGGGGUGCGUCAUCAAUACAACAGAGACACUGGUGCUUUUCCUUCGGAUUCAAACUGGAAUUCGUUUUUCCUUUUUUCUUUUCCCUCACAUUAAGUAUGUAUGCUUCGCAACGAAGUAUUUUGUAUUCCUGGUUUUUCAGGGAUUUGGUGUCUUUAAUAAACACGGUGUUUUUGCAAA